UUCUCUUUGGUAGAUCUAACAGUUCUUUCGGAAAAGGAGAAAUCACGUGGAUACCUAAGAUCGAAGAUUAUCGCCGCUACGCUGGAAAAUCUGUACCUUACAUCAAUUUCCUAACAGGUAAAGGUGAAAAAGGUGCCAAUACUCGUGAUAAAAAGAAUGGACACACGUGGGAUUCUAGAAAGCUAUGUGAUGGAGUAUAUUCAAUUCCCGUAUACCCCAAGGGUAUCAAUAUUCACGGACAAAAGAAGUCUCCGGAAAUACCAAGUCACUACUCGCCGAUGCCGACCUCAACUCACCCAAGGUAGGCCCAACAUUCGACUCACAGAUUACCAAGAUCAGACCGAAACCAAGGCCGAGCUCGACCCUCGCCGAGGUUGGUACCAAUUCCGACGUCAUACAUGGACACAAAGUCAAUUGGCGGACCUAGAAAGUCAACAGAACAGAGGAUUCAUCAUUUACCGGACAAGCAGUGGAUUGGGGUUUCCCGGCCCCCUCCGUAAUAAACACAUUAUAUCCGAGCUCGACCUCACCUGAUGAGCUCUGGACCUCGUUAAUCGAUUAUGGACUUAGACAUUUCAACAACCAGACACUACACGGGACUACCGCCACGUCACCUUGACGCUUGCUUAAUAAGAAUACUCCAAAUAGCACACGUGUGGCGUGCAUGUGCAUUCUGGUAUACAAAAGACAAUUUUGUUACACACAAUACCAAUCAGUGAGUUGUCCAAGAUAUCUCUCCAAUCAACUUUACACGUGUCACCACACUAUUAAACUCAUACUCUUAUUCUUGUUAGCCAAAUGGGACACGUGUUCUCAUCACAAUAGAAUAUCAUCUUUUUACUUGUUGGCCA